AUGGUUGAUGCUGUCAAGGGGACUCAGGAAUUGGCUGUUGAAGAGGUUUUUUGUGAUGCUUUGGCUGAUGAGGUGCAAGUAGUAGUUGAUGAAGCGAUUCAGUUGGCUGUCGUGCAAGAAGUGGGCAAUACAGUGGUUCAGGACUUCCAGACUGUGGGCACUCCACAGGCUUUGACAGAUAAGGGCUCCCCGAGUCCUACUAUAGUGAGUCCUUCUUUGAGUUUUGCAGAGGUAGUCAGAGGGUCGCCGAGUGAGGGGAGUCCUGGGGUACCUGCCUCAACUAAACUGAGUGAGUCCACUCCUAAGGGUGGAGGCUCAGGGACUCAGAUAGCUCAAGGGAGGGUCUCUGGCAUUUCACCUACUCAGGUUGUGCUACCAAUUCUGGCUGGGAAAGGUAAGCAGAUAUGGAUUGAUGAAUCUCAGACUGAUUUCCAAGUGGUGAAAAAAGGGGGUAAGGGUGGAAAGGGGAAGAAACGUAAAUAA